UCAUCAGUACAAGCCAAACAGUACGUAACAUCGGCUGUGUCGUUAUAUAAUUCUUUAAACAUGUGGAAGUUCAUAAGUCUAUCAGUCAUCUUAAUCGUCGCCCAAGCUACGGACAUAAAAGAACUAUAUGGCAGCGACUGGGUACUUGCCGCCAUUUACCCGGUGCCUCGUUUUAGUAUUCCAAUACAUUGCACACGGUAUAGAUUCUCCAAGAAUCCAGAAAAUGUACAGUGCACGUUGUCUGAUGGAAGCAGCGCUUUCUCAGUUCAAGCAGAGAUGAUGAAUGCUACUGGAAGUUUAUUGGAUACUUCUACCACGGCCAUGAUGGUGGUCAAACAUUUCUCACAAGUGACCCCUGCCUUGAAUCUGACAUCUGAUUGUGGUGGCGAAGAACAGCCAGCUUACAGUGUAGUGAGAUUUGUGGAUGAAGAUUAUUUAAUUAUUUACCAAAACUUGGACUCAUCUAACGGAGUGGACCAGAACCAAGCGGGCCUUUUUGCAAGAGAUAUUAUGUCUCAGAAGAAAAUAAACAAAGUAAUGUCGACUAUUGAAGAAUUGAAACAAAGAAGAGGAGUUGUAACGUGUACGACAGAAAUUUACGAUGGAUUAAAUAGUAAGGAUGGAUUUAAUAGUAACGAAAAUGAAAUAGAUUAUUAGUUGUAAGAAAACAGUUAUGAAAACGUAAAUAUAUUAUUUGUUGUUAUAGUAAAUAUAUUUUUUUAA